AUGCAAGUGGAGGAAAAGGAGCAAAAGACCGAUUCCAAGGGUAAAAAGCCAACAAGUCCGACGGUUGCAAAGCCAUCUGCGGAGACAACUCCUUCGUUCAAAACACAGCCACCUGUGGAGGCGGCCCGAGUCGCUCCACCACCUCGUCCUAAACAGAAAAUACGAGCAAGAGCUUUUAGACGCAAAAAUGCGCCAUUUAGGCGUGUUUAUCCCAUCCUUACUAGCAAUUGUCAGAACGUCGGCAACGCUGUAGAAUGUAGUCCUUUCGUAGCAGCGGCCCGCAAUAUGAAAUUUUGCUGCCAACUCGCGCAUGGUUCUCCUACGGCAAUCAUUUCCAACUUUGCUUCUAUAAGCGAACUGUUCCAAUCGAUCGCCGACUCCUUCAACAUUUCUCCAGAUGACAUCAUUUUCUGCACCGUAUGUGUUUGCAACAUCGAAGCUGAGUAUACCAACUGGAUUGUGUUUCAGCCUGAUAUGGACAAGCUGUUCGCAGGCAGUUUGGAAUAUUCAGACAUGCUAUUUGCGCAUGUGAAGGGACAACCUGUUGAAGUUGAACUUACCAAAUCGGAGGGAAUGUUCGGUUUGACUGUGAGCGACAAUGGGAGGUGCCGUUCAUUCAUCAAACGCAUCAAGGAGGAUAGCAUUGCUUGUAAGCUGCAAUCGCCCAAAUAUGCACGCGCGCGGCCUGCUCUUGACAUCGGCCAACUAAUCGAGAAAAUUGACGGUAUUAAUGUCACAGGCAUGAGACACUAUGAGGUUGUAAGAAUCCUACGAAGCAUGCCUAUAGGCAAAACGUCAGCAUUGUCAAUAGUUUUCACAUUGCGCGUUGUGUCACCGAAACAAUCAGGAUUUCAACUUAUUGCUCCUCGCAACUCAUUGUCCAGUAAAAAAGCUUUAAAUGAUGGCCAAAAGACGCUGCGAUUUAAAGCAAAUGGAGGAGUUGUUAUUGAGGAGGUAUGCUCACCCUAUCAAACAAGACCCCCUUUUUUGAAAAAAUACUCGCAGGGUGCUCUUGACAGAGUAAUGAUCGGCCGUUUGAACGAAGUCUUGGAUUCAUAUCUUGGGGUACAAGACGACCAAAUGGCGCAAGCGUUAUGGGAUCUGGCGCUUAAAUGUGAUACUCUUCCCGAGAUGCAUAAAGCUGUCCAUGAU